AUGUUUGCGUCACGACGCCUCCUUCAGGCUUGCAGAAUCACCUUGUUUAGCAGAGAAAAUUGCGGACUCUGCACGCAGGCAAAGGCCGUCCUGUCGGAUGUCUGGGACAAGCGGCCGUUUGUCUUCAAGGAGGUGGAUCUGGCACGGCCCGAAUUCAAGUCUUGGAAAGAGUUGUAUGACUUUGACAUCCCCGUGAUUCACAUCAGCAUGGCAGCAUCUGCCGAGGAGCAAGUUGACACCGUCAGCCAGGCUGUCAAGCUCAUGCAUCGGUUCACGGCCGAGCAGGUGGAGGAAAGGAUGGACCAGGUGGAAGAAAAAUAG